AUGGGGCGUUCCAGGUCGCCGCGACGUGAUCGGAGCAGGCGCCGCCGAAGGGAGCAGGAGCGGGAACGCUCUCGGAGCUUGGUGCGCUUGCCGGAGGUGGACCAGUUCAUCGAUGAGAACAACAUCAAUGCAGAGGCGGCGACCAAGAUUCGCACUCUGAGCCCGGAGAGCCAGCGGAAGGUCAUUUCUCGCCCUCUCACAGGGGACGUGCAGAACCCGUCGAAGGUGAUGAUUGCACGUGUGCGCGAGCUGCAGAACCAAGAUGAAAAGUCCAAGUCAGGCGGCUCCGAAUCGCUGGGCUUCUGGGGCGAAGCGAUGCUUCAAGCGACGGCACAGGCUGUUGCCAAGUAUAUCGAGGACAAUCACUUAGACAGCCGCGCGGCCAAAGCUUUGAGGGCCCUUCCUCCGCAGCACCAGGCUGUGGCUAUUCGCUGGGACCUGUCGCAGCAUCGGAACCGGUCCGAAAAGUUCCUGUCUAUGGCGGCUGUGCUGGGCAGCGGCCCAGCGCCUGGGAUGCCGAUGCCACCAAUGUAUGGAUUGCCUCAUGUGCCCGGACCAGGAGGCCAAGACUUGGUUUUAAAUGUUUUAACAAUUCAACCUUGUUCAGUGAUUCAGGUAUUGGUAUCGCAGUGUGUAAAACCGUGCAUACAUCCCGCUUCCCAGAAGUGA